GCUGAUUUCAUUGGCAAACAGAAUGUCGCGGAAGAAUGUCUUAAGUUUGAUCAACACGAUCGUGGCUAACUCUUGCAAGUGCCCCGCCCACUCGCAUAACUAUGGCUCAGCUGCUCCAACGGCCUCCCAAACGGGUCGCAUGGAAUACGCCUUCGAGAUGUCAGCCUCAACAGUUCGCUUUGGACCCGGUGUUAGCGCGGAAGUAGGGGCCGAUCUUCGCAACUUGGGAGCCCAAAAUGUUUGUUUGGUCACCGACAAAAAUGUGGUCCAGUUGCCCUCCGUGAAAGUGGCCUUGGACUCCCUCGCCCGUCAUGGAAUUAACUACGAAAUUUAUGACGAAACCCGGGUGGAACCCACGGAUGGCAGCAUGUGGCAAGCUGCGGAGUUUGCCCGUCAAAAGGAAUUCGAUGCCUUUCUGGCCAUUGGAGGAGGAUCGUCAUUGGAUACGGCCAAGGCAGCCAAUCUAUUUAGUAGUGAUCGGGAGGCUGAAUUCUUGGACUAUGUGAACUGUCCAAUCGGCAAGGGCAAAGAGAUAUCUGUGAAACUGAAACCGCUGAUUGCCAUGCCCACUACUUCGGGAACUGGUUCGGAAACUACUGGAGUGGCUAUAUUUGACUACAAGAAAUUGCAUGCAAAGACUGGGAUCUCCAGCAAGUUCCUAAAGCCCACUUUGGCCAUAAUAGAUCCCCUACACACCUUAUCCCAGCCGGAACGUGUGAUGGCUUUCGCUGGCUUUGAUGUUUUCUGUCAUGCUCUGGAGAGCUUUACGGCCGUGGAUUACAGAGAACGAGGUCCGGCGCCCAGUGAUCCCAGCCUGAGACCAACCUAUCAGGGCAGAAACCCCGUGUCGGAUGUGUGGGCACGUUUUGCCCUGGAGGCGAUACGAAAGAACUUUGUGGAUGCCAUUUACCAGCCUGAUAACCUGGAGGCCCGAUCUCAGAUGCAUUUGGCAUCCACGAUGGCGGGCGUGGGUUUUGGCAAUGCAGGAGUGCACCUGUGCCAUGGACUGUCCUACCCGAUUUCCGGAAAUGUAAGGGACUACAAGCCGAAGGGUUACUCCGCGGAUCACGCCCUAAUCCCUCAUGGUUUGUCUGUGGUGAUCAGUGCUCCGGCGGUCUUUGAGUUCACCGCUCCAGCUUGUCCGGAACGACAUUUGGAGGCUGCCCAGUUGCUGGGCGCAGAAGUACGGGGUGUUCGAAACUCAGACGCCGGUCGUCUUUUGGCGGACACUGUACGCGGUUUUAUGCAACGUGCUGGCAUCGAAAAUGGCCUCCGAGAGCUGGGAUUCUCCAGCAGCGAUGUGCCCGCUUUGGUUGAGGGAACCCUGCCUCAGGAGAGAAUCACUAAACUGGCACCCAGGGCGCAGACAGAGGAGAACCUCUCACAACUCUUCGAAAACUCCAUGGUGGUCUAUUAAUUUGGAAGCUUAACUUACCCACGCUUAACUUGUUUGCUUUAAGAAAAAGUGUUAAACUAACGGAUCCUUGGCUAGAGACUGACCAUACUUGAGCUUUUAAAAUUCCAAUUGAAUAAAUGCAUUUACUAAACUUAGAGUGGACCAUAAUACUUUUGUAUGUAUACAUGUACCAUUAAAAAUCCCAAACAGAAUCA